GGGAGAGUUGCUGGCGCGCAAAUUGUGUUAAGUAAGAGGAUCGCUCGUUUAGGCCAAGAGUUGGUUGCUGCCGGUCAAAGCUUUCGGUCUGUUUUGUUUUUCGCUGUAGUUGCGCAAACAAUGACACCCGAAAAACAGAGUAUUAAUGAAAGGUUUUGGUUGUGGACGUGAGUCCGCAGCAUUCUAUGCCAAUUUUCUGCACUUCUAAAGACAAAAUUUGAUUUAUUAAGGACGACUUGUGGCACGUCGUGCUUGACGGUACCUUGUCCACUUUAAGUGGGCUCUAAGGCCUCAGAGUUUCAUCGCGAGAACUCACGGGGUUUUAAGCGUGGUGGACAAUUCCCAAGUACCCCCGGGCUUGGGUCUCGGGUUUCGCGCGGGUCUGGAACGCUGGGACACGCCUGCGCUCGUGGCUCCGCCCCGCUCUUGGUGGCGCCCUUCCCCAUGCUGCCCAGAAGCCUGGCGCAUAGGCUGCUGUGGCGCUUCCUGCAGGGAUUGUCGCCCGCCGUAACGCGCCAUGGCCUCCGGGAUCCGAUCCUGGAGAGGAGAUGCGCAGCUGCCUUCUUCCAAUACCCAUCCCUCCUGGGACGUGGGCUUCCUCGUGGCCCCUCGGCCACUGGGAACUACAAAGAAACCACUGACACGGAGGAGCAUUUUGUGUUCCCGGAAUACGUCCCGAAGCCCCCGCGGGCACCGAGUCCGGAGGAGCAGUUGCGUAAGGUGCUGCAGCUGCAGCAGGAGAAAGAACGACAACAGGAUCAGCGGAAGGAGGAACGACUCCAGCAGAAGGUACGGGCCGGACGCCGCCCGCGCCCGAUCGUAGAACUCCCGGACCCGACGGUGCCUCCUAGCGGCAUGAACUGCACGGGCUGCGGGGCAGAGCUGCACUGCCAGGACCCCGGCAUGCCCGGCUACCUCCCCAGCGAGAAGUUCUCCAGCGUGGCCCAGGCGGACGGCGGACCUGUGCGGCUCGUGUGCCAGCGCUGCUGGCUGCUGGUGCACCACCGGCGCGCCCUGCGCGUGCAGGUGAGUCGCGAACAGUACUUGGAACUGGUGAGCGCCGCGCUACGGCGGCCUGGGCCAGCCCUGGUGUUGUACAUGGUAGACCUGCUGGACUUGCCCGACGCCCUGCUGUCCGACUUGCCCAAGCUGGUGGGUGCCAAGCAGCUAAUCGUGCUGGGGAACAAAGUGGACCUGCUCCCUCAGGAUUCUCCCGGCUACCGGCAGCGACUCCGAAACAGGCUGUGGGACGACUGCAUCCGUGCCGGACUCCUGCCGGCCCCUGGCCACCGAGGACCACAGCAAUCCAGCGAGGACAAGCCAGGGGAUGCGAAGGAGAAUUCGAAUCCGUCGGCCUGGUCGCGCACGGUGGUCAGGGACGUAAGGCUGAUCAGCGCCAAGACUGGCUAUGGAAUUGAAGAAUUGAUCUCCGCACUUCAGCGCUCCUGGCGUUACCGUGGCGAUGUCUACCUGGUGGGCGCCACCAACUCUGGCAAGUCCACUCUUUUUAACACACUCCUGGAGUCUGAUUACUGCACCGCAAAGGGCACCGAGGCCAUCGACAGGGCCACCAUCUCCCCUUGGCCAGGUACCACAUUAAACCUUCUGAAGUUUCCUAUUUGCAACCCAACUCCUUAUAGAAUGUUUGAAAGACAAAAAAGACUUAAAAGUGAUGCAAAUAAAGCUGAAGAAGAUCUUAGUGAACAAGAACAAAAUCAACUGAAUCGCUUUAAAAAGCAUGGUUAUGUAGUUGGAAGAGUUGGAAGAACAUUCUUAUAUUCAAAAGAACAAAAGAAAGAAGAUACUUUUGAGUUUGAUGUUGAUUCACUUGCCUUUGACAUGGGAAAUGAACCUGUCAUGGUUGUGGAGAAAUCCACCAAACGGAUAGAAUUGACUCCUCAAGAUGUGAAAGAUGCCCACUGGUUUUAUGACACCCCUGGAAUUACAAAAGAAAAUUGCAUUUUAAAUCUUCUAACAGAAAAAGAAGUAAACAUUGUUCUACCAACACAUUCCAUUAUUCCAAGAACUUUUGUGCUUAAACCAGGAAUGGUUCUAUUUUUGGGUGCUAUAGGCCGCAUAGAUUUCCUGCAGGGAAAUCAGUCUGCUUGGUUUACAGUUGUGGCUUCCAACUUCCUUCCUGUGCAUAUUACUUCCUUGGACAGGGCAGAUGCUUUGUAUCAGAAGCAUGCAGGUCAUACAUUACUCCAGGUUCCAAUGGGUGGAGAAGAACGAAUGGCAGAAUUUCCUCCUCUUGUUGCCGAAGACAUAACAUUAGAAGAAGGACUUGGGGGAUCUGAAGCAGUGGCUGACAUCAAGUUUUCCUCUGCAGGUUGGGUUGCAGUAACACCUCAUUUUAAGGACAGAUUACAUCUCCGAGGCUACACACCUCAAGGAACAGUUCUGACUGUCCGGCCUCCUCUCUUGCCAUAUAUUGUUAACAUCAAAGGAGAGCGCAUCAAGAGAAGUGUAGCCUAUAAAACCAAGAAGCUUCCUUCCCUUGUAUCCAAUCUGCAAAAGAAGAAAAAAACAACAAAUGUAUGACAUGGACCUGGUUCACACUGGAUAUUAACUAUAUUCCACAUGGUAAUAUACAUUAAUUUAUAUUAAAUAUGGCUAUAAUAAAGUCCCUGAUGCUGUCAUCCUUCCUGAAAACCUUAGGUUUUUUGACUUUUUAAAACUAUUCAGCACUGGGCUGAACUAUUGAUAAUAUAUUGAGCCUAUAUAACAAAUUGUUUUUUGCAGUUUAUGUAUAUGUAUGUACCUGUGACCUAAAUAUAUAUAAAAAGAAUUAAUACAUCCAAAUUUUUAUUGAACCAGAUUUCAUUUAUUUUAUUUGGAGUCUAUAGUUGACAGGGCAGUUAAGGAGUCAGCAUAUGAAAAAAUGGCCAAAAGUCCUUCUCCAAAAUACUUUGGCUGUACUCUAUGUAAUCAGUCAUCCAAGGAUCCAUCUGGUGGAACUUUACCUGGCUUCCAUCUCUGUCCAAGGAGGCCAUUCAAGUUGUCAUCCUUUCCCAGCAAGUAUGAAGAGAGGGUAAGAGUGGGCAACAGGCAGCUUCCCUAGUUAAUUGAAAGGAGGAAGAAAAGCAGAAUGGUGAACAGCUCACAGUCCAUUGGUCAGCCAUCACAUGGCUACAAGGAAGCUGGGAAAUGGGAGCCAUUUUGGGUUUUAUCAAGAGAAGAAGGAGAAAAUGAACUGGAAGACAAGUAGAAAUUUACCUUGCACAGUUUGAAAGUGCCUGAAAAUCUUAAAAAAGAAUUCAGGCUUUAUAUUUCUAGCAUCUAAGGUCAGUUCAACAAAUGAGAGAAUUUUAACCACUUAUUAACAUUUGCCUGUGUGUAGCUGAGAAACAUGACAUCAGUCAGAAGUCUUUACUUUUUGUUAUUCUCUGUAAGUAGUACUGUAACUGCAUCAGGUAACAUAGCGUAUGUUGAGAUAAAGGCCAGUGGAAUGAUAAGCUGGGCCGAAAUGCUGUUAAAUCCAUGAACUUCCUAAUAGACCUAUUCUCGACCAUGGCCACACAGGUGAUGGAAGCUGGGUUCCCCUGUGUGGAGUGGGCUAGCUGAAAAAUACUGUAAAAAAUCACACAACCCAGAAAAUAGUUUUAAGGGGUGGGGGUGGGGGGUGCAGAAAAGCUCUUUGACCUUAGGGGUCGAGCUUCCACGCUGGAAAGAGAGAGUGCCUGUGUUCUGCUUUAGUUAUAUGGGAGAAUUUCAGAGACUUUCUACAGAAUGUUAUUGGCCAAUUAAGGUAGGGGGUAAGCUGUCUAGUUCCCAAUGGGCCAUGCCCAACUUCGGAGAUAGAAGCCAGUCUUCCUAGCCAAGCGAAGACUUAAGUCGAGUGUAUUGUGUAAUCCAUUCGGGGGGAGGGUGCACAAAAUAGCUCCCAAUGCCAGACCAAAAUCUCCUUGGUUCAAGGCCCCAUGAAGACGCUAAAUAGCUCAGGAGUGGCUUCCCACAACCUGUGUUCUCUCCCACCACAUGGGAGCCCUAUGAAUUUCACACUCAUGUCUUCUCCCCAUCCCUUAACCUCCCUCCCACCAAGUCCCUUAGACUAAAUAGAAUGGAGUACUUCAGAUGCAAGACAUAACUUGUACAUUUUACUUUCAUGGUAUUUCAAACGGAGCUACACUGGUGUCUGGAAGAAGGUGGUUCUUCACAAAAAAACUGCAUUUCAAUAGGUCUGGCAUCCCUUGUCCCCAGAAACUAUAAACACCAGUAGCCACUCCCCCAGACCCCUCAGUUACACCCCAAAAGUACCCCCAACAUUUCUAAAUACACCUGUAGAGGGCAUAACUUCCCAAGAUGAAAAAAAAAAAAAAAGCUUUAUUUCUAGUGGGUUUUUUUAUCUUGGGGAGAA